CAGCACCUUCGUUCAGAAUCAAUCCCUUUUGAAGACAACCUAGAGACCGAGAUUGAGCCACAUUAAACAUGGCUUCUAUACCGAUCAUUGUGAAGCAUCAGGGUAAACGCCAUGAGGUCGAUCUGGACCCCUCGUCGAACGGCGAAACGUUGAAAUAUCAGCUUUAUUCAUUAACUGGUGUCGAGCCCGAUCGACAGAAGAUCUUGGUUAAAGGAGGACUGAAGGAUGACACGCCAUUGUCUUCCCUGAAGGCCAAGCCGGGCCAAACGUUCAUGAUGAUGGGCACACCAUCCGGCGGUGAAGGUUCUGCAGAUCUAGGCAGACCCAAGGAGGUAGUCAAGUUUUUGGAGGACAUGACGGAAGCGGAGGCUGCACGAGCGGAGGGCGCUACUCCUGCCGGUCUGCAGAAUCUCGGGAAUACCUGCUACCUCAACUCAACGCUCCAGACGUUGAAGGGUGUUCCGGAGCUCCAGGAGGCGCUUCAGCUGUACAAGCCAUCUGCAGGUGGCGCUGGGGGAUCGAGUCUUUCGGAUCUGAGCAGUUUUGGUUUGGGUGGUCUCGGCUCCUCGAUGGAUCUUACGGCGUCUCUACGGGAUCUCUUCAAGCAAAUGUCGGAAACACAGGAAGGGUUUCCGCCGCUCAUGUUCCUCAAUGCUUUGAGAAACGCCUUUCCCCAGUUUGCUCAGAGAGAUCGAAACGGCCAUGGCUAUGCUCAGCAGGAUGCCGAGGAGGCCUGGUCCCAGAUUGUCUCCCAACUACGGAACAAGCUGACGAUCAAGGAGGGCGAGGGUGAAUCAGCUACCGAGGUGUCUUUCGUGGACAAGUACCUUGGGGGGCGAUUUGAAUCAAUCACUGAAUGCGACGAGUCUAGUGCCAGGGAGGCUGGGGAAGAACCGUCGCGCAGCUCGGAUGUCUUCUACAAGCUUGACUGCCACAUUGGCAAAGAAACCAACCAUUUGCACGACGGUAUCAAGGCGGGUUUAGAAGAAAAGAUUGAGAAACAUUCGCCUACUCUUGGCCGCGAUGCGGUGUACACGAAACGCUCCAGCAUCGCUCGUCUGCCCCGGUACCUGGCUGUGCAUUUUGUGCGCUUCUUCUGGAAGCGUGAGACUCAGAAGAAGGCCAAAAUCAUGCGCAAAGUGACGUUUCCCCAUGAAUUAGAUGCGGUUGAUUUCUGCACCGACGAGCUGAGAAAUCAACUUGUCCCCAUCCGAGACAAGGUGCGCGAGAUCCGAAAGGACGAGCUCGACAUUGAACGCAGCAAGAAACGUCAGAAGAUCGCUCGUAAGCGUGAGGAGGAUCAAAAGGCCGCGGGUGACUUGGGGUCCAGCAUGGAACCGAUGCAAAAGAAGAAGGCCACCGAAGAGAACAAGGAGACUGAUAAGGCGGCCGACAAGACGACCGACAAGACGACCGAUAAGGCUACUGACAAUGAUGCGACAAUGACCGAUGCUUUCAAGACCGAUGCCGAUUACGAAGCCGAAAAAGCCGCCUCUAUUGAGACAGCCCGACAGGAGCUGUCUCGGCUACUCGACCAACAGGGUGCUCCGGAUGCUGGUACCAACAAGUCCGGUCUCUACGAGCUCCGGGGUCUGAUUACCCAUCAAGGCGCCAGUGCUGACAGCGGUCACUAUACCGCGUAUGUAAAGAAGCAGGAUGGCGAUAAGACCAGCGAAACCGGAACUUGGUGGUGGUUCAAUGACGAGAAGGUGACCGAGGUGGAGGGAGAAAAGAUCGAGACUCUCUCCGGCGGUGGCGAGUCGCACUCUGCCCUCAUCCUUCUCUACCGCGCCAUCGACCUGCCGACUGCGAAUUAGAUAGAUAGAUGGUAUCCCAUUAGUCCACGUGGUAAACAAAAGCCUAAUGUCACAGACCGAUGAUCAGAGGUUCCAAUUGGUUUUCUCGAAGUAUUCACAUGCAUUACUACCUU